UUUCGGAAUAGUCGAAUAGAGGUUUUAGCGGAUAAAACGAACCAAGCUAGCAACUUCAACACGAGGGGGAAGAGGCUGGUUUGGGUAGAACAACACUACGAGAUCAAAGGUGAUGGAUUUGAUCUCGAAGUCUGCAAGUCCAGGAUCUCGAUCCAAGACCAAACUCAAGCACUCGUGCUCAAGAAAACUCCUCGGAGUAACUUUGAAUUAAACCCAAUGAUAACGUGUCUUUACAAA